GGCAGCCAUUCCGAAGGACCCCGCCCUUCCCUCAGAGGCUAUGAGUGACAGCGCAGUGUUUACACGUCUAUAAUUCUGUUUUCUGAUAUUUGUAUUCGUUUCAAGCGAUAAACAUGCCCUUGUUCGAAGGCUUGGGCAGCGGAGGAGAGAAGACAGCAGUAGUCAUUGAUCUAGGAGCGGCCUACACGAAAUGUGGUUUUGCUGGCGAGACGGGGCCGAGGUUCAUCAUUCCCAGCGAAAUUAAACCCGCCGGAUCUCAGGAGGCUGUGAGAGUCGUUCAGUACAACAUCAACACCGAGGAGCUCUACAACAUCCUGAAGGAGUUCGUUCAUCAGCUGUACUUCCGGCAUCUGCUGGUGAAUCCCCGAGACCGGCGCGUGGUGGUCAUUGAAUCCAUCCUGUGUCCUUCACACUUCAGAGAGACACUCUCCAGAGUCUUCUUCAAGCACUUUGAGGUCCCGUCGGUCCUGUUCGCUCCGAGUCAUCUGAUGUCCGUCAUGACUCUGGGCAUCCAGUCUGCUCUCGUCAUGGACUGUGGAUAUACAGAGACGCUGGUGUUACCAAUCUACGAGGGCAUCCCGAUCCUGUCUGCGUGGGAAGCUCUGCCGAUGGGAGGAAAAGCCAUUCAUGAGGAGCUGCACAGUCUUCUGAGCGAGCAGUGCACACUAGACACCGACUCUGGCACCGGCCUCAGUCUGCCCACCGUCAUCAGCUCUGUUCCAGAGGACGUUGUGGAGGAUAUCAAAGUGCGAACGUGUUUUGUCAGUGACCUGCAGAGGGGCCUGAAGAUCCAGGAGGCCAAAUUUAACAUGGACGGAUCUGCUGAGAGACCGGCUCCUCCCCCGGAUGUGGAAUAUCCACUGGAUGGCCGGAAGAUUCUCCAUAUCAAGGGAUCGAUCAGAGACUCGGUGGCCGAGAUGUUGUUUGAGCAGGAUAAUGAAGAGAAGUCCAUCGCCACGCUGCUGCUGGACACUCUGGUGAAGUGUCCCAUCGACACCCGCAAGGUUCUGUCGGAGAACGUGGUGGUAAUCGGCGGUACGGCCAUGCUGCCCGGCUUCCUGCACCGCCUGCUGUCCGAGAUCCGCUCGCUGGUGGAGAAACCCAAGUACUGCGACGCUCUGGCCACCAAGAGCUUCCGGAUCCACAGCCCUCCCGCCAAACCCAACUGCACCGCCUGGUUAGGAGGUGCUAUAUUUGGAGCGUUGCAGGACAUCUUGGGGAGUCGCUCGGUUUCCAGAGACUACUACAACCAGACGGGCCGUAUCCCAGACUGGUGUUGUCUCAGCACCCCACUACCAGAUUCGGUCUACGAGGCAGGAAAGACGCCUCCGCCUCUCAUGAAGAGGGCCUUCUCCACAGAGAAAUGAACUGAGAUAUAUAUAUAUAUAUAUAUAUAUAUAUAUAUAUAUAGAGAUGUAACCUCGUCGACGUCUGCUUAUUCAGAUACGCUCUUGUAUGUUUACAGCACAGACAUGUCUCGAGUCCUGGUCUACGAUGAUUUAAAGUCUGUCAUAUUAAUCAGCUAUACUUAAUUUGAACAGUAGGUGAAACCAAAACCACUAUCACCAUCGGCUCGUCUGCAAUGAGAGAAAAAUCUUUUCAAAUGCACAUUUUAUCCAGCCUAAAUCAGUCAGUACCUAUGUAGAUUAGAUAGACCUUACUCUUUUUUUGUGCUAUUUGCACCAUCAAAGACAUGGAAGACAACUUGACUGUAGCCAAGAAAUAACGUCAUCUCAAUUGCAUUUAACAGUGAGUUUGAAGCGCUGAACAUGUUGAGAAGUUUGCUGUAUUUAUUGGGUUUGUGAUAAAAUAAACAUUCCAAAAGUA